AUGUUUGCGGCGGGUCUGGCGUCGUGCAUGGAAACCAAUCACCGGCCACAAUCUGGUCUUCAGUAUAUUUUGCAACAGCUGAGAGCGUUUCUGUUAUCGACGAGGAAGACAUUUGCACAACCAACGCUCGAAUAUAAAUAUCCGCAGCUUGCGGAGAGGGAACUAGGGAUUGCACACUCAUCAAUCUCUACAGCGUGCAGACCAGAUCACAAUAUGCUGCCUCCAGAACCAAAUGCAUUCGAUGCGGGCCAACCGGAUCAGCCGGACCAAACUCUCUACGAAUGGGUGUGGCAGUCACCCUCACCUACUCUUGAGCUGGCUCAAUCACCUUUGUUCAAAUCACCAGCAAGUUUCCUGACCCUGGAAGAGCGCACCAGGCUCACAUACAAAAGGGCAAAGAAGAUUUGCGAUGUAUACGGCUUGACGGUGGACGACAUUCUAACGCUCAGUCCGAAGUUUUGGAAGCUGCAGACGGACCCAAUCGCCGCAGUGGACGGUGGAGCUUUGACUUUGAUUAGUAUUCAGUAUAAUCUGUUUAUGGGCACGGUGGCCCCAUUCGCAGCUAGCCGGCCGGACCUUCAGUGGAUCCUCCAGCGCGCGUUGAGCUUUGAUAUUUCAGCUGACUCGAAGGAACGCCUCAGAGCGCAGUUUAUGCUCACCGAGGUCGGCCAUGGAUUAGAUGCGCGCAACUUAGAGACGACUGCGACACUCCUGCCAGACGGUGGCUUCGAGCUCCACAGCCCUUCCUGGGCCGCUGCGAAGUGUAUGCCACCGACGACACCAAGAAGUGGGCUUCCAGUCGUUGCCGUUGUCAUCGCCCGACUGAUUGUGGAUGGCGAGAACUAUGGGGUCCGUCCAUUCCUAGUUCCCUUGGGAGAUGGCCGCGAGAUGUGCAAAGGCGUAGUUGCGAAGGCCCUACCUCCACGCGCUGGUGCUCAUCCUAUCGACCACGCGCUCACCCUCUUCAACCGGGUAGUGCUGCCCAACUCUGCCCUCCUGGGGAGCCUUGAAAAACCACGAAACGAACGGGAUCACUUCUUUGCCACGAUCCACCGCGUCUCAGCCGGGACGCUAUUCCUGUCUGGUGCUUCCAUCCCUGCCCUCAAAGUUGCAGUGUAUAAUGCAGCUCAAUUCAGUCUGCGACGGAUGGUCACAGGCCACGACGGAAACCCAAUGGCCGUCAUAAAGUUCCGCACCCAGCACCUCCCUAUCCUCCACGCAAUCGCGCAGUACCAUGUGCUUCAGGCGUUCCUCGUACAAGCUGCGACUACUUUCCGGAAUAGAAAGGUUGAUCCGCGCGUGCGCCACGCCACCGCGACUGUUUUCAAGGCUGUUGCGUUGCAGCACUUUCAGAAGAGCAUCAAAGCCUUGAAUGACGAAUGUGGCUGGCAUGGAUAUUAUGAACAUAAUCAAAUCCUUCAAUCUGAACUGGAAUUCCGAGCAGUAGGAACUGCAGAAGGGGACAUCAGGGUCCUCGCCAUUCGACUCGCAAGCGAGCUCCUAAUCGGCCGCUAUCAGCUCCCGUCUCCCAGAGAUCCCGACAGCCCCGUUGCUCGGCACGAAGCCGCACUAUUGACAGAGGCAAAACAUCGUCUGAUAGAAUUUGGCGGCAUACACCGAAGCGAAGACUUCAACCGCAAUAUCCUCCCGCUCUCGCUUCCAAUGAUCCAGGCGAUUGGUCACCGAAUGGCGUUGGAAGCAGCAAAGGAGGCAAACAUUGACUCCAAGCUCUGCGCCCUCUACGAAAGUGGUAUUAUUCUGGAAGACUCCGCAUGGUACACGGAGCAGGGAGGCAUCAGCCGGAGGGUCCAGAGGGAGAUGGAAGCCCAGGCCGCAGAUGCCUUACUUCCUGACCUAGAAAGGCUCGUGUACGAGACAGGAGCAGGGCCAUACAGCAGUGCGCCUAUGACUUCCGAGCGGCUGUGGAACACGUUCGUGUCCGAGCUGGAGACUUUUUCUGGGGAGGCAUUCCUUGACAUUGGGGCCUCUCCUGUUCAAACAACAAAGCUAUAG